GGCGACGUGCUUUUUCCGCAAUGAUGUCCUUGUCUUUGUAGCCAACGAGCAGUUGGUGUUUUGAAAGAUUUCUCUAUGCUUGCUUCAUUUAUGCAUCACAAAAUUUGGCAAGGAAGAGGAUGAGAAAUAAUGACUGACAACUGAAGCACUACCUCAUGAGAAGAUCCUCUUUUAUCAUCUUGAUUUUGGACCGCUACAGGUCCAUCCAAAUACACAGAAGUGGUGAAUAUAAUUAAAACUUCUUGAUCUUUUCCUUUCGAACCUGUUCGCAAAGACUGACUUGGAGCAUCCUUCAGCGUUACAACACUUUCCCUUCUCUCUUUGGAAAGAGAGAAAACAGGAGCAGACUCUCAGGUUGUGGACACCACGGCAGUAACUGUGGGAGCACAUCCAAAGACAAUGGUCCACUGUGCGGGCUGCGAGAGGCCUAUAUUGGACAGGUUUCUCCUUAAUGUUCUGGACAGAGCAUGGCACAUCAAGUGCGUACAAUGCUGCGAGUGCAAAUGUAACCUAACAGAGAAAUGCUUCUCUCGAGAAGGAAAACUGUAUUGCAAAAACGACUUCUUUAGGCGCUUUGGAACAAAAUGCGCAGGUUGUGCUCAGGGGAUCUCGCCGAAUGACUUGGUCCGGAGGGCACGGAGCAAAGUGUUUCAUCUGAACUGCUUCACAUGCAUGAUGUGUAACAAGCAACUAUCCACGGGGGAGGAAUUGUACAUCAUAGACGAAAAUAAAUUUGUCUGUAAAGACGAUUAUUUAAGCAGCACGAACGGAAAAGACACCAACCACCUUUCAGUUACAGCUUGCAGUGAUCCUAGUUUAUCGCCAGAUUCGCAAGACCAGCUUCAGGACGAUGUUAAGGAUGCGGAAAACGCAAACUUAUCGGACAAAGAGACGGGUAACAAUGAAAACGAUGACCAGAACCUCGGAGGCAAACGGAGAGGACCGCGUACCACUAUUAAAGCAAAGCAACUGGAGACACUGAAAGCGGCGUUCGCGGCGACCCCCAAACCAACCAGACACAUCAGGGAGCAACUGGCGCAGGAAACGGGGCUCAACAUGCGAGUUAUUCAGGUAUGGUUUCAGAACCGGCGGUCCAAAGAGCGGCGCAUGAAACAGCUGAGCGCGCUCGGCGCGAGGAGACACGCGUUCUUCCGGAGUCCGAGAAGAAUGCGAACGCUCGUGGACAGACUCGAGCCUGGAGAAUUAAUUCCAAACAGCCCGUUUUCAUACUAUGGAGAUUAUCAGAGCGAGUACUACGGUCCAGGAGGGAAUUACGACUUCUUUCCACAAGGCCCGCCAUCUUCGCAGGCCCAGACUCCUGUAGAUCUCGCUUUUGUUCCAUCGUCAGGACCCACCGGUACCCCACUAGGGGUCAUGGACCAUCCUAUCCCCGGCCACCAUCCAUCCAGUGAAGUACAACGCUUUUCAGACAUCAUGUCUCACCACCCAGGGGACUCGCCCAGUCCAGAGCCAGGGAUACCUGGACCCCUGCACAGUAUGUCCUCAGAUGUUUUUGGACCCAGUCCGUCCUUUACAUCCCUCUCCCUCAACGGCAGCGGAUACAGCAACCACCUCUCCCACCCUCCGUCAGAAAUGAACGAGGGCACGGUCUGGUAGCUUCUGUGAACGGACAUUUCGGCAGAGGAGGGAAGGUGGGAACAGGGACACUGGCCGCACAUUCUGGUUAUAAUUUUUGUCUUCCCCACCCCCGUUUUUCCAUGUCAUAAAUGUGGUGGGACAGCUCACAGAGACAGCAGCAGAGGGCAGCAUGGGCAUUGACAUUUCCCUUCUUCAACUCGUUGUGUUGAUGUUCCGUUUCCUUCUUUCUUUCUUUAUCCCAAGUCCGAACUCAAGAAGAGAAAGAAUUGAUACUGUUGACCCGGAUGCUGUAUGAACUCUAUGAGCUGCGAGGCCCAGAGUGGCAGCGUCCCUCCAGAAGCUCAAUGCGUACCACCAGUUAAACCGCCGCUCUAAAAACAGCGAUUGCGACACAUUAACAGCGUCAGCUACCGUCAAAGACUUGUCAGCUUUACAGAGAAACACCCAAGGUGGCUGAUCUAA